GGAAAAUUAAAGAGAAUGAGGGAAAACCAACGAGUAAAGUAAUAAAGUGGGAGGGGAAAAUAAAAGCGAACGCUGGCAACACUUUGAAUAAAAAUUAAAGAAACUUCAGCAUUAUAUUUAAGUAAAAAUAAGAUUUUUACAUAAUUAUACCAAUCACUGUGAAUUAUAAAUAUGUGCUAUUACAUUAUGAUGUUUUUCUGGUGACUAAAUAACUUAAGAUUCGUUUUGGCAUUCAAGGACGCGUUCGGCACAACAAAUCGAUCUCAUAACCAAUAUGGCGGCUUUACUAUAUUUUUCAAAAGUUGUUUACCAAGGUGUUUGUGUCCAUAGUAUUUAUUAUUUUAAAAAGUUAUAGUAGCACAAAUAUUUUAGUGUUAUUUUUAUAUGAUUAUGUCAAGUACAUAUGUUGACUCGUCAAAUGAAAGGGAACCUUUUAUUUUCUUUAAUAACUCAAAAAAUUGUGUUUUCCGUGUAGUUAUUUGUGAAAUUCAGUGUAGUGCCUAUGAUUUGUAGUGAAAACAUAACGUUAAUAACAUACUCGAUCGCGAUGUCACAAUAUGAGCGCUCACGAUGAGUCCGCCGCGCCACCCGCCCUCGGCAACUCUGUUCAAUUCAUGGGGGUGGAGCGUGUCACCGGGUCGGGCGGCGGCGGGGCGAGCGCGCUCAAUGGGGGCACGCCGCCCGCCGCCGGCGCGCCGCCCGAGCGCCACGAGGAGCCGCCUCGCAAGCGGGCCAAGCUGCCCGUCGACGAUGUCGCCGUGCUGCGCCGCCGCGUCCUCGACUGCGAGCUCCAGCGUCUGAGGAACCUUCGUGAUAGGUUCACGGAACAACUCAGCGAGCUGUACUUCCUGCAGGCGGGCGGCAAUAUGAUGGACUACGCCGUCUGGCGCAAGCGGCCGCCGGCGCCGCAGCUGUCUGCCUUCAUCGAGGCUCGGCGCCCACCCCCGCCGUCCGCCGCCGCGCCGCCGUCCCCGCCCGCCGCCAGCGCCGCGCCCGCCGCGGCGGCGGCGCCCGUGGCGGCGGCGGCGCCGGCGGCCGACGAGAUGGUGGAGAAGGCCAAGCAGGAGGCGUACGUGGCGUCGCGCGUGGCCGAGCUGGCGCGCGCCGGCCUGUGGGCCGAGCGCCGCCUGCCGCGCGUCUUGGAGCCGCCGCGCGCCAAGUCGCACUGGGACUACUUGCUCGAGGAGAUGGCGUGGCUGGCGCAAGACUUUGCGCAUGAGCGCAAGUGGAAAAAACAAGCGGCUAAGAAGUGUGCUCGAGCAGUUCAAAAGUACUUUCAAGAUAAAGCUCUGGCUGCGCAGAAAGCUGAAAAAGCUCAAGAAUUACAGUUGAAAAAAAUUGCCGCCUUUGCAGCAAAAGAAAUAAGAACUUUUUGGUCCAAUGUUGAAAAGUUGGUGGAGUGGAAGCGAGUGCGGCGCGUGGAGCGCGCGCGCAAGGCGGCGCUGGACGAGCAGCUCAGCUACCUCGUCGACCGCACCGAGCGCUACUCGCGCCAGCUCGCCGCCAACCUCUCGCACGCCGCCCACGCCGCCCACGCCGCGCCCCUCGACGACGACUUCACGCCGCGCGACUGCUCUGACGACGACGAGGAGACCAUCGCCGCGGCCGAGGCUGGCGUGCAGCCCGCCGACCACCGUGACGAGCUCGAAGCGCUCCGGCGUGACUCGUGUCAGCCGCUAGGUGAACUGUUACCGCCCGGUUAUCUCCCCGCUAUCUCUCCGCCGCCCUCGGACUACGGGCCCGACGCCGACGAUUCGGAAGACGACGAGCGCACCAUCGCAGAACAAGAGAGCCACGAACCGGCCGAAGACGCGGCCGACGAGCUGGCGGCCCUCCAUCGAGACGCCGAUCUCGCCAUCGACGAGUUGCGACGCCGUUAUGCGCCGCGCGACGACGGCCCCGACGGCGACGCGUCGGAAACGGACGGCGAAGCCGACGAGGACGACGCGGACGACGACGGCGACGAAGAACAGGAGGACGACGAAAGCGAAGACGAGUCCGAGGCGAGCUCGUCAAGCGCAGCAUCGGAAGGCAUGGAGGCGCUGAUCGAAGAGACGGAGGCGGCGGGCGCGGCGGAGGCGGGCGCGGCGGCGGCGGAGGCGGGCGGGUCGGAGCGGCGCGUGGAGGCGGCGGCCGUGCUGGCGGCGUCGCUGCAGCCGACGGGCACGACGCUGUCGGAGACGGCCGUGGCCACGCGCGUGCCGCGGCUGCUGCGCCACGCGCUGCGCGAGUACCAGCACGUGGGGCUGCACUGGCUCGCCACCAUGUACGCGCGCGGCCUCAACGGCAUCCUGGCCGACGAGAUGGGGCUGGGCAAGACGGUGCAGACCAUCGCGCUGCUGGCGCAUCUGGCGCUCGAGCGCGCCGACUGGGGCCCGCAUCUGGUCGUGGCGCCCACUUCCGUCGUGCUCAAUUGGGAGAUGGAGUUCAAGAAGUGGUGCCCCGCCUUCAAGAUCCUCACUUACUACGGCACCAUCAAAGAGCGUAAAAUGAAACGUGUCGGGUGGACUAAAGCUAAUUCGUUCCAUGUGUGUAUAACCUCGUAUAAACUUGUAGUGCAGGACCAUCAAAGUUUUCGAAGGAAAAGGUGGAAAUAUCUUAUUCUCGAUGAAGCACAGAAUAUUAAAAACUUUAAAUCUCAAAGGUGGCAGAUGCUAUUAAACUUUCAAACAGAAAGACGCCUGCUCCUGACGGGCACGCCGCUGCAGAACUCGCUGCUGGAGCUGUGGUCGCUGAUGCACUUCCUGAUGCCGGACGUGUUCGCGUCGCACUCGGAGUUCCGCGAGUGGUUCGGCGGCGUGGGCGGCAUCGCGGCCGGCAGCGCGCGCUACGACGAGGCGCUGGUGCGGCGCCUGCACGAGGUGCUGCGCCCCUUCCUGCUGCGCCGCCUCAAGCAGGACGUCGAGCGCCAGAUGCCGCGCAAGUACGAGCACGUGCUGCUCUGCCGCCUCGCCAAGCGCCAGCGCUUCCUCUACGACGACUUCAUGUCGCGCGCCAAGACCAAGGAGAGUCUAGCGUCUGGUCAUCUGCUCAGCGUUAUCAACGUGCUGAUGCAGUUACGGAAGGUGUGCAACCACCCCGACCUGUUCGAGCCGCGCCCCGUGUCCUCCCCGCUGCAGCUGGCCGGCCUCCGACUGCACGCGCCCGCGCUCGUGCUGGCCACCGGCCUGCCGCAGCGCGCCGCCCUCGCCGCGCGCCUCGGCGGGGACCUCGCCUCGCUCGAGGCCGAAGGUGCCGGCGCAUUCGCCGCGCACCGCGCCCGCCACUUGGCUCCACCUCGGCGCCUCGUGGAGGAGCUGGGCGCCGCGCCGCAGCGGGCCGCGCCGCGCCCUCCGCCCGCCGGCCUGCGCCUGCACCUGCGCCUCGUGCCGCGCGCCGCGCCGCCCGACGCGGCCGCGCCCGCCCCGCCGCCCACGCUGCUGCCGCGCCCGCGCACGGCCCCGCCGCCGCCGCCCGCGCCGCCCGCGCCCCCUGCGCCGCCGGCGACGGGAGCGCGCGCGCGCCUGGAGGCUCGCCGGCGGGCGUGCUUGCGGCGCCUGGCGGCCAGCAACGAGCGUCGCUGCUGGCGCCUGCCGCUGUACGGCAGCGACCUGCGCGGCGCCGUGCAGGCGGGCGGGCCGGCGCUGGCGGCGCGCUCGCUGGCGGCGACGCUGGAACAGCUGCAGCCGCAGCUGGAGCGGUUCUGCCUGUGCGUGACGGCGGCGCGCGCGCCCGCGCCGCAGCUGCAGCUGGGCGGCGGCGCGGCGGCGCGCGACUGGCGGCGCCGCGCCCAGCGCCUCGAGGACGCGGCCGGCCCGGCGGCGCGCCGCGCGCUGGCGCUGUUCCACGUGGCGGCGUCGCGCCAGGCCGUGGCCUUCCCGCACCCGUCGCUGCUGCAGUACGACUGUGGGAAACUACAAACACUGGAUGGACUACUGCGGCGAUUGAAAGCAGGCGGGCAUCGUGUGCUCAUCUUCACGCAAAUGACGCGAGUCCUCGACGUAUUGGAAGCUUUCUUGUCAAUGCACGGCCACGCCUAUCUUCGAUUAGAUGGAGCCACGCGCGUAGACCGACGUCAACCUCUCGUAGACCGUUUCAAUGCCGAUCCCCGUGUAUUCGCAUUUAUUUUAUCUACACGAAGCGGCGGCGUGGGUCUCAAUCUGACCGGCGCAGAUUCAGUCAUAUUCUACGAUUCGGACUGGAACCCCACCAUGGACGCUCAGGCACAAGACCGCUGUCACCGCAUCGGCCAGACGCGCGACGUCCACGUCUACCGCCUCGUCACCGCCGCCACCGUCGAGGAGAACAUCCUGCGCAAAGCCGAGCAGAAACGAGCGCUCGGUCACCUCGCCAUCGAAGAUGGACACUUCACUACCUCUUACCUGCGCGGGGCAAACAUCAAGGAAUUGUUCAACUCGGGGAGUGACAAUAUGGAAACUGAAACACAAAAUAACUCUGAAGAAGCCGAGGCUAGUGUCGGCGGCGAGCUCGAAUCGGCGCUGGCCGCCGCCGAGGACGAGGCCGACGCGGCGGCCGCCAGCGCGGCGCGCGCCGAGGCGCAGGGCGAGCUCGCCGAGUUCGACGAGACGCUGCCGCUCGACGACGAGCCUCGCGCCCCCGCGCCGCGCACCGACCCCGACGACCUCGCCACGCUCAUGAACCAGCUCACGCCCAUAGAGAAGUACGCCAUGCGCCUCGUGGAGAGCAGCGAGGCAGCCAGCGAGGCAGAGCGCGCUGCGCUGAGCGAGAUGCGGCGCCAGCUGCACGAGUGGGAGAACGCGCGCCGCCAGCUGCGCAGCGAGCCCGCCGCCGCGCCGCCGCCCGCCGCCGCGCCGCAGCCCGACCUCACCUACAGCCGCGGGGACGCGCGCGCCAAGGUGCGUGCAAGGCGGCGCCGCGCGCCCGCGCCCCCGCCACCGCCGUCGCCGCCGCCCUCGCCCCCCGCGCCCGCGCCCCCCGCGCAGCCCACGGCCCGCACGCGGUCUCGCGGCACCGUGCACAUUAACCUGUGGACGCUGGACGAGCGAGGGGGCGGGGCGGGGGGCGGGGCGGCGGGGGCGAGGCGCCGCCCCCUGCGUAACGGCACGCUGGACGCUUGGCUCGCCAACGCGCCCUCCCGCUCUCACAAAGAUAACGAUAAUAAAUGAUUUUGAGAUACUGUACGUGCGUUUUAUAUUUCUGACGUUCGACGUUUCGGUGCCGCUCGAUAUUCGUCCGUAAAUGCUUGAUCUGUCCCCGAGUCGGCGAUAUUUGCUCGUGAUCGGCGAAACUGCGGCACCGAUCCUAACGUCAGGGAUAUAUGGCGUACAAGCAUUUACGGGCGAAUCGAGUCGACCGCGACGCGACGCCCUAACAUUUCCCGUAAUUAUGCGACAGAAGCCAUCAAUAUCCCAAAAUGUAUUGGUUUCUACAUAUACGUAUGUACGUUGUAAUUAUAUUCUAAUGUUGUCUUUGGUCACGUAGGUAGGUAAAAUCAAUCAGGUGACCUGGAGUAUAAAAUAAGAUACUGUAUAAAUAAUACAAGCACAACUUCUUUUAAGGAAUCGCAUAUUAUUCGUAAUAAUUAAAUUAAUCCUUUCUUUGAUGUCGCAAAAGAAUGAUUUAAACAAAAGUUUCUCCAAGAACAAGUGUGAUAGAGAUAGAUAGUUCAGGUUAUUUUUAAGAGACGUGGAAUCCAGUGAUUCGCAUAACACAACCUCGCUUUUUUCCUUCAAAGUCGGUUGACACAUCUGUGGAUACCUAUGGUGGUAAAUCGGCAAGGGCAGAGCUCGUGGGCUGUGGCCCCGCGCUUCGUCCCUCUACGUUCCUUAAUCAAAAAUUGUGUGCUGCGCAGUGAAACGAACGAUGUUCAGAACCGCCAUUAAGAUUGAAUCGUACUAUAUCUAAGCACCUCACUUGGAUUUUUUCCAAGUGACGUGUUCUACUAUUUCUACAAAAUAUAACUAUGAUGUUACAAUAUAAAAAGGUUUGUUAAGAAUGAAAACCUCUGUAGGUAAUCUAGCGUUGGUGUACUGGAUUUCAUUGUUUACUCUAAACAAUUUAAAAAUGGUACAAUAUUAUCAAAGUCAAAGUCAAAAUCAUUUCUUCCAACUAAACCAUAAAAAGGUACUUUUGAAACGUCAAAAUAGAAUAGUAGUCUGUCAGUCUGUUCAUCAGUGAAGCUAGG